AUGGUGAAGGUGCGAGUGAAAGAAUCGAGGGAAUUGGGCUUGAACGGCGGAUCGAACGACGGCUCGUGUAUUGAAGGCAAAUGUAUCAAACGUACCAUGCAGGAUAUAGCCAGCGGCAUGUGGUUCGGACCGCGUUUAGGAAGACGACGCAGAUCGGACGAGAAACAGGAAGUGAGUCCCGAGAUAGAAAUUCUGGCGAAUGCAUUGGACGGUGUGCAUUGGACGAUUAUUACGAUUCCCGCUAACGACAAGAGACAACCGCCUCAAUUUACACCGCGUUUAGGACGAGGAUCGAACGAGAAUCUAUUCUCCUCUAGAGAUGCGUAUGAAGCUGAUGAAGAUGACCGUCGGUUAUCGCCGCUAUUCACGUCUCGCUUAGUACGUCGGUUUCCUUGGAUACCGUCGCCGAGACUUGGACGUCAAUUACGCAACGUAUUAUGAAGAUUAUAG